AUCACUACCACCCACUCACAUCCUCCCCUGCGAUUCGGCCUCUGCCCGCGAGGUAUGCCACUCGCAGACUAAAGCAUCCACUCGCGAUCUCUUGCAUCAGCUCAUCGCCUCUUGAAGCCGGCUCGCGACUAUGUCGCACCUACUGCAAAUCCUCGAGCAAGAUCCUCACACGUCUGAAGAAGAGCUUUUCAGUCACCAGACAGCCACACAGCGCACCAGUCCUUCCUCAAGACAAAUGCGCGAUCCAUUGGCGCCACCGACUUCGCUCAAGAUUGCUUGCAAGCGCACCGCCCCUUUGCCUGACCGCCACUCAACACGCAAGCCUUUCUCCAAGCCUGCACCUUCGUCCUCGCAGAGUCACAAGGCUCCUUCAACCUCGCAGCGAGCACUGAGCUCCAACAACGAUGCCAAUGACUCGCAUGGCCAGCCUGGUAGCAGCAACAAUAACGACAACGACGCCAACGCCAACUCCCCACCUUCUCCAUUCUCCACCGCUCUCGGUGACGACUGCUCAGCCACCUCAAAAUAUCUCGUACCUACGACCAGCAAGAAGACGACGGUCGAGUGGCGCGGCACAGCGGUCAAUGCUGCAUCUGAGCACAACAACGCCGGCGCCUGCCAGGCACGCCCGUCUUCAUCCCACGCCGUCGUCGAGCCCAUCACGAUCAUGCUUACGCCACGCGAGUGCGUGUCAAAGGCAUGGCGAACGCCAACGCACAAUACCUCAACCUCACCGCAGCCCUCGAGCUUGAGGUACGCUACGACUCUCGCUUUACGCAGAGUGGAAGCACGUCGAUUCAAAGGUGCACAUCCAAAAGCGAAAAGCUGAAGGAGACAUUGUCCACGUCCUCAUCAAGAGAUGAUCCAGGCACCCAGACCAACGGAUCAAUACCUAGCCUAGUCGAGCCUCAACAGCUUGCAGCGUGUCACGAGCUCGCCUGCACUCCAUGCACUCCACACUACCCUCGCGCAGACCCUCUCGAGCGCUCCAAUCUCGACGAUCAUCCAGCGUCAGAGACUCAGCCAGUUGCAUUGGCGCAUGAAGCAUCAGCAGGGCAAGGCGGGCGAGAACACCGCUCUCCAUCCGCUCUACGACU